UCACACCCUGUUCAGAGUUCACUUGGUGAUCCUGCAUAUCGAUCUCUCUCUUUCUCUUGUCUUGGUUAUUCUAGUUGUAGCUGGGGUUCCACUCCUUGAACGUAAAAAGAAUGAGGAAACCUUGCUGUGAUACCAAAGACAUGAACAAAGGAGCUUGGUCCAAACAAGAAGACCAGAAACUUAUAGAUUAUAUCAAGAAACAUGGCGAGGUUUGUUGGCGUACACUCCCUCAAGCUGCAGGUUUACUUCGGUGUGGUAAAAGUUGUAGGCUGAGAUGGAUAAACUAUCUACGGCCAGACCUUAAAAGGGGAAACUUUGGUGAAGAUGAAGAAGAUCUCAUCAUCAAGCUUCAUGCACUGCUAGGCAACCGGUGGUCACUAAUAGCUGGUAGAUUGCCUGGUCGUACAGAUAAUGAAGUGAAGAACUAUUGGAACUCUCAUAUAAGAAGAAAACUCAUUAGCAAGGGUAUUGACCCAAAUAACCAUCGUUUAAGCAAGAAAAUCCCUACCCUUCAAAAUCCACCAAUGUCUGAUAAUUCAAAAUCUUCAGACUUGAAAGACAAUUGCAAGAAUGUGACAAGUAAGGCCAAUGUUGACAGUUAUGGUGAAAUCUCAGAUGCAGCAAGUGGCGAGGAUGAGUCAUAUGCCCUGCCAGAUUUAAACCUUGAUCUCACUAUGAGCGUUCCUUCAGCUUCUCCCAGUAUCGCUGAAAUCAAUCUAAAACCAAUUCAUGAAUCAAAAUCAUCAAGGAAACUGCAUUUUGCUUCCUCUUCAACACUUGUUUUGUUUAAGUAAUCAAUUUGUUGGCCCAAAUAGAUAAACUUAGCAAAUUAUCAUAUGGAAGGGCAAGUUUUGUGAUAAUUGACUGCCAGGGUAAGAAUGUGAGGGAUUUGUGUUCAGUGACAUCCUAACGACAAGAAAAAGGACUACACUUGUGUUUCAUUUUAAAGGAUGAGAAACCACAGCUAGAAUGUUGAAACAACGAUCUGAUCCUGUAAAUGAAAAGGCUAUAUAUCUCCUUCAUGGAAAUUCCAAUUCUAAGCAAACAGAUAGAUUGAAUCCACUGAGUAAAUGUACUUGUAUUAAUAAUUUCUUUGUGUUGAUCCUGUAAAAAUGAUGAACUUAUUAAUGAAUAAUUUAC